AUGCGGCUCUACAGACCACCACUCGGAGGUCUCCGCUUUGAGAGGGGAAGGCUGUAUGGACGCGCCUCGUUCUUGAGACGAGGCUUGUUGACACACAGCUAUAAUCGUGGUCCUACCGAGCCGCCUUUAAUCGAAUCGACUGUCGGCGACCACUUUACUCGAAUCGCGACCGAACACGGGGACCGAACAGCUAUUAUCUCGAAGCACCAAAACGAGCGAAUCACAUAUAGGGGUCUCGAUUUACGAAGCAAUGCUCUUGCUAGAGGGCUUCAAUCUGCCGGUGUGAAAAGGGGAGAUCGAGUUGGAGUUAUGCUUGGGAAUUCAAUGGAAUAUGCGGUGGUUCCAUUGAACCCAUCUUUUAAUUCUACUCAAGUCGUAGCGGCAUUGAGUCACCUGGAAUCCAGUCAUCUCAUCAUCAGCACAGAAUCCAAUCUACCCCGGAAAAACCCUCGAAGCAAUAUCCCUCUGCUCAAACAGCUGGUACCAGACCCCUUUGCCUCAAAACUAGAGUCCGAGGCAGUUCCCUCUUUGAAGCAGAUAAUUGUUAUCGACAACUCUUUCGGCCGCAUAGACACCUCCUCUUACAAGGGCUUAACGCCUUUCACAUCUAUAUCGUCCGAGCUAGCGGCAGAUAAUCAGCCCUUGUCGAAUCUAAAGCUAUCCCCGAAUGACAUAGUGAAUAUCCAAUUCACAUCCGGGACAACUGCUAUGCCCAAAGCAGCUUGUUUAACCCACCGCUCUAUUCUAAACAAUGGUUUCCAAAUUGGUGACCGCAUGCGCCUCACCCCUGAAGAUAUCAUAUGCUGCCCACCUCCUAUGUUCCAUUGUUUUGGAAGUAUCCUCGGAUAUAUGGCGACUGCCACUCAUGGCUCUGCCAUCGUGUUCCCAACAGAAUCUUUCAAUGCCCGCGCAGCACUGAGGGCAGUUCAAGAAGAAAGGUGUACGGGGCUUUACGGAGUCCCAACGAUGUUCCUGGAAGAGCUUGGCCUUAUCGAGUCGGGAGAGAUUUCAGGCGACGGCUUCCAGUAUCUACGAACAGGAAUUGCUGCGGGUAGCAGCAUUCCUGCAGAGCUGAUGAAGAAGCUGCAUAGGGUGCUGAACCUAACUGAGCUGACCAUUUGCUACGGCAUGACUGAGACAAGUCCCGUCUCGGCGAUGACUACCACCGAUGACCCUAUUGAGAAGCGCAUUCAUACCGUUGGGAGACUUAUGCCACAUGUCGAAGCUAAAGUUGUGAAUCCAGAGAACAGAAACGAGGUUCUUCCUAUUGAAGCACGCGGUGAAUUGGCUGUCAGUGGGUAUCUACUCAUGAAGGGGUACUGGGGUGAUCCCGAGAGAACAGCGAAAGAGAUGUUCGCAGAUAAUACCGGAAAGAUUUGGAUGCAUACUGGAGACGAGGCUUCAAUGUCACCAGAUGGAUAUAUCACCAUCACUGGACGCAUCAAGGACUUGAUAAUUCGAGGAGGGGAGAAUAUCCAUCCUCUGGAGAUUGAGAAUUGUCUGUUAGCGCAUCCAGGUGUCGGCGAAGCGUCUGUUGUAGGCGUCCCAGAUCAGAGAUACGGCGAAGUCGUCGCUGCUUUUGUCAUUGCUCGAGAACAUGGACCUGGAUCUGUUACCAAGGAGGAGCUUCAGGAAUGGACACGGGAGAAGCUGAGCAAUCAUCUUGGUAAGCCAUAUCAAUGA